UGAUCAUGGCUGAAGAACUAUACAAAUUGCUUAUUUUGACUUAUACAAAUAUAGACAAUACAAUUCGAUAACAGGCAGAAUUAUAAUUGAUGAACACGGUGAUCGAGAAUAUCUAAAAUUUCUAAUCGAUAGCUUUGAUUGCAAAGAGUUAAGAUAACAGUAUAUAUAUUAAAUUAAAUUACAAAGUGUAAUAUUAAGCAGCGAGUUUGCUAAAUUCAGCAGUAUUAAAGAUGCUUACAAAUUAAGGUAAUCUUUUUUGUAUUUAUUAAUUUAGUAGAAUUAAAAAUGCAACAUGCAGAAUUGAUCCUUGAUGUAAUAACAUCUCAAUAUACUUCAUUAAAGUGCAAGUUACUAUUAUAAAAAUCGAUGAGCUUAUUGAUUAAAUUAAUAAAAUGUAAAACACUUCGUAAUAAAAUUGUUUAGCAAUUAAAUUGGAUAUUGAAAAGAAAAUGAAGUAAUUAGUUUAAAGUGAAUAAUUGUGGGAAAUCUAAUCAGGAAUAUUUUUCUUUAAAACAUUGAUUGACUCUUUAAAGUUAUCAUCAUAUAAUUUUGCGAUAAAUCAAGGAUUCGAUUGGAUAAGAGACUUCUUUGAUUUGAUAUAUCCACUAUUUAAAAGAUUGGAUGAAUAAUCAGGAGAUUUAAAUGAUGAAUACAUAAUAACAAUAAAAUAUUGCUCAUCUGUCAUAUUAGAAUAUUGUGAAGAAUUAUUUAAACAUAAAAGUCAUAAUAAAGAAUCAUUAAUUCCACUAUAAAAUAUGAUGUUUAAAUUAAAUUCAUUCUAAAUAAUCUUAUUGGCAAUAUUUAAAUAUUCCCCUCCAGCUAAUUUAAUUUAAAGUUGUAUAAUAUGUUGUACAAAUAAUGAAUAAUUUGACAACAGAAUAAAUGAAGUUAAAAUGUACGGAAUGAAAUGCCUUCAAAUAUUAAUAAAUAAUCUUUUAAAUAGAAGUAAGAACGAAUAAAAGAAUAGUGUAUUUUAUAAUUAAUAAUUUAAUUUAACUAAAUUAUCACUGUAUUCUAUUUUUACUUAUACCAAACAAUCAAGAAUCUAAGAUAUUUUACAGUAAUUAUAUAUAAAUUAUAAAUCAAUUAGGAAAUAGUUUCUGCCAAGUAUAUUGAGUAGUAUUCUGAGAUUAUUAGCACAUUUAGGUGCAUAAACUGAAUUAUAUCCAUAAUUCUAAGAAUCUAGUAGUCCUUUGAUUAUUGAUAUUAUCUAUCCUUUUUUAGUAACUUCAAAUAGUGAAUAUCAAAUUAUGAAAGAAUAGCCUGAUGAAUUUGUGAAUAUUGCAUUAGAUGUUGUAGACAAAUAGGAAUCAGAUUUACCAAAAACAGCAGCAACAACCUUAUUAGAAACUUUAUGUGAUCACAUAGAUGGAUCAACAUCUAUUUUAGCAUAAAUUGCUAUUAUGGUUAUAUCAUUUAGUAUAUUGGAGUAGACAUAGUCAUUAUUAACUUAAUCAUAACAACAAAUCAUAUAAACAGAAAUAAAAAAGAUUUCUGAUAAAAAAUUAUUCUAAGAAUUUACUCCUGUUGAUAGAAUAGAAAGUGGUUUGAUGAUUUUAACCAUUAUGAGCUAUUUAAUUCAAAAAAGAUAAGACAUCAUAUCUUUAAUGGAACAAUUAUUAUAAACGAAUCUGUCAUUUUUCACAAACACUACUGAAUAAAUUAUUAAAGUUAGAUUUGCUUUGUUUUUUGGUUAUUAUUGUGAUAAUUUAUUCAAAGUGGAAUCCUAAUUUUAGAUUAUGUUAAAUUAUAUCUAAUUGUUGAUUUCUUAUGCUAAACCACAAGAACCUGUUGUAUUGUAUAUGUCUAUUGAAGCAUUAAAAGAUAUCUUUGAAGAUGACGAACUUAAAAAUAAAUCAGGAGGUUUAGUGCCAAAUGUAUUUCCAGCUUUAAUUAGUGGAUUAUAAUUUAGUACAUAUGAAAGACAUUUUGAAAUGAUCGGAAAUCUGAUAAAGAAUUAUUCAACAAUUUUAAUAGCAAACGAGAAUUUUAUUAUUAAUCUUGUUUAAAUACUUAUCUAAAGAAUUAUUAGAGAAAAAGCUUUGAUUAAAGCCAAUAAUGAUUCACAUAGAUACAUACAUUUAAAUAGAUGUUGGAAUAUUUUAAGAUAAUUACCUACCAUUAAAGAACUAUAACCUAUGCUACUCAAAAUUGAAAUAGCUAUGUAGCCAAUCUAUCAAUCACUUGCAUUAUAAGAUAAUGAAUUAAAUUUUGAUGAAGAAUUGAUUUUGUUCAUCUCUUCUGUCAUCUAAAAACUCUAAUCGGUUUCACAAUUUUAGAGAGAAAUCUUGCCUUACUUUUCUUAAUUAAUUACCAAAUAAUCUGGAAAGUUUGGAUACUUAUUUGAAACCCUAAAUAUGUACAUGUACUAUGGAAGAAAUUAUUUUAUAUAAGAGCAAGCACAAAAUGUUUACUUCAACCUGGCUUUUUAAACAUUGAUGAAAGAGGAAGCCUUUGAAGAUAUUGAUUUGGCUGAAGGUGCACUUUUGAUUUAAUUAGGAAUUCAAGUACUUUAAAAUGAUAUCAGUCAAACUUUAUUAACUUAAAUAUUUUAAUAAGUUCUUUAAUUGAUUGCUAAAGAAAAUGUUACUGGUAUCAUUCGGUCUAGAAUAACAGCAAUUUUUUUAGUAGCAUUUUACUUCAUUCCUUAAUAAUCAUAUCAAAUUUUAGGUGAACAUUUUCAAAAUGUGUAUAAUAAAGUUUUAAUUACUCAAUAUCAUCCAGGAUAUGAUAUUAAAUUGUUCAUUAUAACUAUUUGUAAAUUAAUCUAAUAAUCUCCUUAACUAUUAAAUCCAGAAUUAAUUCAUAUCAUGAUUAGAAAUUUGGAAUUGCAAGAGAAUGUAGAAAACUAAGAAAAAACAGAUUAUGAGUAAGAAAUUUAAUAUUUAUUUAGUGAUGAUGAUAUGAUGAAUGAUGAUGAAUAGUGCGAGAUGUCUGAAGAAGAGGAAAGACAAUAAGCUAAAUAGCAAAUUGAAUAAUUUAAAAGCGAUUUAUAAAAUAUUGAUGAAUUUACGAAUUUUAGAAAUACUCUGUUGAGUUUUAAAACUUAGUAAGAUAAAUUUAAUUAUAAUUUAGACAUCCUCAAAUAAUAGAAUUAAUCAAAUAAUAACUUGAUAAUUAAACUCAAUAAAAAUUAAACAAUUAUUUAAAAUUUAUAAGGAUAGAUAAUAAUGAAACUGCAAGAAAAGUAAAAAAUUUCUUAUUUAUUUUAGAUGAUAACGAUUGGUAAAAGAAAAAUUCAACAUUAAAUUAAUUGA